GCUCUGUGUUUAUUUACGACAUGUUUGUUACAUUGUAUCAUUCUGCGAGGCUGUCAUGGUUACAAUGUUUCGCAUCGAAUGUUUUGAAACUUUGUUGCAAACUUUUUGUGUCAGAGCAUCUCGGACAUGUCAUUGUUUACUACGCACAUUCUUUUAAAGAGGACGAGGUUUUUUUUUUUUUUUUUAAUGUUGGCGCAGUAAUGUCUGCAGCCUUCAGAAACACACAGGCUGCAAAGGAUAUAUAUUGGAGGGAGAACAGAAAGAGCUGAAGUGCUGGGAAUUUCUAGAAACAACUGUGUGACGUCAUCGGGACUGCUCUACUAUCCAGCUGCAGACGAUGAGCAGCAGCAAUGCUCCCAGUCUGCAAGGUUAUUGAAAGAGACAGGAUGAGGAAGUUCCUGUCUUUCGUCCUCUGGGCUCUGCUCUGCUGCUGCUGGACAACACGGGCAGAGAUCUUCACCUCCAUAAGCCAAAUGACAGACCUGAUCUACACAGAAAAAGAGUUGGUCCAAUCUCUGAGGGAGUACAUCGCAGCAGAGGAGUCCAAGCUUGCUGCUGUCAAAAGCUGGGCCAACAAGCUUGAUGCUCUGACCAGAGUGUCCACAUCUGACCCAGAGGGCUACCUGGCCCACCCAGUAAACGCCUACAAACUGAUGAAGAGACUAAACACAGAGUGGUCUGAGCUGGAGACUCUGGUGCUUCAGAACCCCUCUGAUGGGUUCAUUUCCAACAUGUCCAUACACAGACAGUACUUCCCAGAUGAAGAGGAUGAGACGGGUGCUGCCAAGGCGUUGAUGCGUCUUCAGGACACGUACCAACUGGAUUCUGAGGCCUUCUCCAGAGGAAAGCUGCCAGGUAUGCACGCCAACGCCUUACUGACGGUGGACGACUGCUUCGACAUGGGAAAGACGGCUUAUAAUGAUGCAGACUAUUACCACGCUGUGCUGUGGAUGCAGCAGUCCUUGAAGCAGCUGGAUGCCGGGGAGGAAACUGUGGCUACCAAGGCGGACAUUUUGGACUACCUCAGCUACUCUGUUUACCAAAUGGGAGACCUACCUCGAGCCAUUGAGCUGACACGCCGACUGGUGGCUAUCGAGCCCAGCCACCAGAGGGCAGGAGGAAACCUGCGUUACUAUGAGCGGUUACUGACCAAGCAGCUCGAGGAGCUGAACCAGGACUACCAGCCUGCCUCUGAGGAGCCCAUCCAGCUGGGAACCUACCGCAGACCUAAAGACCAUCUCCCAGAGAGAGAGACCUAUGAGGCUCUCUGCAGAGGAGAGGGGCUCCAAAUGAACGAAGCGAGGCGCAGCCGUUUGUUCUGUCGCUGGCAGGAUGGUAAGAGGAACUCUCGUCUCCUGCUGAAGCCCAUGAAAGAGGAGGAUGAGUGGGACAGCCCCCACAUCGUACGCUACCUGGAAAUCCUGUCCCACGAGGAGACUGAGAAGAUUAAGAAGCUGGCUAAACCCAGGCUUGCCAGAGCUACUGUCCGUGACCCCAAAACAGGCGUCCUGACCACAGCCAACUACAGAGUAUCGAAAAGUGCAUGGUUGGAAGAAGAGCAUGACCCUGUCGUUGCCAGAGUCAACCAGAGAAUAGAAGACAUCACAGGCCUUACAGUAGACACUGCAGAGUUACUACAGGUCGCUAACUACGGAGUUGGAGGACAGUACGAGCCACAUUACGACUUCUCAAGGCGUCCUUCUGACAGCAACUUCAAGGGCGACGGAAAUAGACUUGCUACCUUCCUAAACUACAAAGAUGAGCCAGAUGCUUUCAAAAGAUUAGGCACUGGAAAUCGUGUGGCAACUUUUUUGAACUACAUGAGUGAUGUCGAGGCAGGAGGGGCCACCGUCUUCCCUGACUUUGGAGCAGCAAUCUGGCCGAGAAAGGGGACGGCAGUGUUUUGGUACAAUCUGUUCAAGAGCGGGGAGGGAGACUACAGGACCAGGCAUGCAGCCUGUCCUGUCUUAGUAGGAAGUAAAUGGGUGUCAAACAAGUGGAUUCACGAGCGAGGACAAGAGUUCAGGCGACCCUGUGGUCUGACAGAAGUGGCCUGAAGUUUGACCCACACCUAUAAGGAACAUGCAAAAACACACACUCAGCAGUGCCUUGAUUCUGGCAAUGAUGCAACUCAGAGACACGUUACUCAACACUUCUCUCCCUCAGCUUGUCUACAUGAUAAAGAAACGUUUUGUGAGGAAAUUAUGACACUUUCAUUGUGGGAUCUGGCUGGAUAAUGUCUUUGCUUUUUGUUACCAGAACAUGCAGGACUUCUCCGUCAUGCAUCCCCACACCACACCCAUUUAAUCAAAUAAGUGAAUUAAGAUAAUUUAAUACAAAUGUUUUUGUAAAUCAAAUUAACUAAUGUACAAAAAAAGCUAUAUCUUGGUUUGCCAAUGUAAACCCAUUUUACAGUCACUAAAAUCAAAAUGAAGUUACUUAUAAAAGCAUUAGCGUUAGUGGUGAUACAGAUAAGCCCUUAUUUAAUGUUGCUAAUAUCUUAGCUGUUAAAAACACCAUAAGAUACAGGAGGUGUGACAAAAACCUGACUGUCAGAGCAGGUCAUUCAGAUUAAUUUUAAUGUUGUAUGCACAUUUCUUUAAAAGAGAAUAUAUACAUUUAACAUUUCUGAAUAAGAAGCAGCAACUGAGUGAAGAAAAAGUUGUUUUGAUAAAUAAUGCUUGUGGACUUUGUGCCACAUUCAGAUAUCACAAAUUACACCACAGCUGACGAUUACCUAAAGCUACAACGUGAACACAUUUUCAAGUUGUUCAGCAAGUUUUGGGGAAGGACAAACUAUCAGAAAUGUCAGUUUGCAAAAAUCAAUUGGAUGAAAAUUAAAGCUGUGGGCUGGUAUUGGCUCUGUUUAGAGGUUAAUUUGUUAAACAGUCUAAGAAAAACAACUUUACUCUGUUGGUUACCAUCAGUCUUCAUUGCUAACACCUCUGCUUGAUUAAACUAUAUCAAUACUCCUUAUCAUUUGCACCCAAAGGGUUUUAUUUUCCUUCAAACCUGACAGAGAAAUACAUUUCCUCCAAAUCAUGUCCAUGAUGUCUUUUAUUUAUAUAGUGUUUAAAUUAUUACACUGUUACAUUUUGUGCUUUUCCUGCAAGAUGGCUAAUAAGCAAGUCAACAAUAAACAGUGUCUUUUAUUAAA